AUGGUAUGCCCAUCAAAUUCAGGCUCAAAUUACUAUAACCAUAAAGGCACUUUUAGUAUAGUUUUGCUUGCAUUAGUUGGUCAUAAUUACAACUUUUCUUUCAUCGAUAUAGGAAGUUACGGAAGCAAUUCAGAUGCCGGAAUUUUUGCAAAAUCUGCUUUGAAAAGAGCAUUAGAAGAAAAUAAGUUGGAUAUGAUACCUGAAAGUGUAAUUCUAGGAGAAGAGGCCUUUCUUUUACAAACUUAUUUAAUGACACCUUUUGCAAGAAGAAACAUUUUAACAAAACGCGAAAAAAUAUAUAAUUACAGACAUUGUCGUGCUAGAAGGAUUGUAGAAAACGCGUUUGGAAUAUUUAGACAACCAAUUCCGUUGUCUCCAGAUAAAACAAUCAAAUUAGUUAAAGCUGCUUUUGACAUUGAAGAUACUGAAACAGGAAGUCUUAUAGAAGGUUCAUGGAGAAAUUAUCCAAAACCUUCAGGUUUAUUGAAUUUAACACCUAUUCAAAGGAAUUAUGCAACAGCUACAAAUCAAAAGAAAAAUUAUUUAGCAGACUAUUUUGUUGAAGAAGGAGCAGUUGAUUGGCAAAAUCGAAUGAUUGAAUAA